GAAGGAAAAAAAUACUAAACAGAGGUGUACCAGUCGAACGGGAAUUCGAAUAAAACUUUGAGCAUCUUUAAAAUGAAAGUAAAAUACGUCACUUCCGCUUUCCAGAACGAUGGAUACCGUAGAAAAAACGGGAUAUUUUUUAAUCGUUGGAGACUCUGACAGCAGCGAUGAGGAAGAAAGUGAUGAAGAAGGCAUUGAAACUUUGUUAUUACUCCUUUUCUCAUCACCAAAGAAGUCUAUCCCACAGAAGAGACACAGACAAAACAAUUACACAGGCAGUGUUGCGUUGCACUUUCGUAUUGACGAAUUUAAAACUUUUUUUAGAGUUUCCAGAAUAAGUGUGGAAUGUCUCAGAGGUAAAAUAUCUGAGAUAUGUGUAGAACAAGGUGUUUCAGGGAUUCUAUGCAGACACUCUACCGGAGGAUCACCACAAAUAGCUCUAGAAGAUCGCCUUUUAAUAUUCUUGUGGUAUAUGGCUAGCCUUGAUAAAUAUGCAGCCAUAGCUGACAGAUUUGGUGUGAGUGAAAGUACGGCCUCCUAUGCAAUACGUAAUUUGAUAACAUUUAUACAUGAUUACUUGUUGAGUAUAAUCAUUUUAUGGCCUACACCUCAAGAGCAACAAGAAAUAAAGGAUAUGUACAUGGAAUUAAAACAUUUCCCAGGUAUUGUUGGAAUGAUAGAUGGAACACACAUUUCCAUAAAGAAACCAUUGAUCAGAGGGAUAGACUACUAUAAUCGUAAGGAUUAUUAUUCCAUUGUACUGCAAGCAGUAGUUCGAGAGGAUUUAAGAUUUACCAACAUAUUUGCUGGAUUUCCUGGAAAAGUGCACGACGCUCGAGUUCUACGGCAAUCACCACUCUUUCAGAAUGGCCCAGCAUUAUGUGGCGACGGACACUUAUUAGGGGACUCUGCAUACCCGAACAUGUCUUGGUUAUUAACUCCCUUUAGGGACAAUGGUCGUCUUACAAAUGUGCAGCUCCAUUACAAUUAUACACACAGCAGUAUACGCAGCACGGUUGAAAGGGCUUUUGGACUCUUGAAAGGACGCUUUACUAGACUGCAACAUAUCAAUCAAAAUGAAAUGGAGGGCAUUGUACAGACAGUUGUUACUGGAUGUAUUCUGCACAAUAUUUGCAUCAUGAACCAUGACGAGUUUCAAGAACUUUUGAAUGAAGAUCCGAUACCUCAACAAUUGCCAGGCGCAGAAAAUUUUGAUGAGAAUUUACUUUAUCAAGGAUCAGUGAAGAGACUUCAGAUAGCAAGAGCGUUGUAAUUUCAUUCCCAAAAUAAAAAAAAAAUACAUGUACUUAAUGAGGUUAAAAUUGACAAUUGUCAGUUUUGUAUGGUUUUUUUUGGUUGAAAAAGAGAUCAAAACUUAAAUUAUAUUUUCACUCCAUUUGCUAUUUUCCUUCUAUUUCAA